AUGGGGGACUGGCUCUAUGCUCUGGGGCUAGUCCGGGCUAAAAGGAAGCUAAUCGGGGGAGACGCCGCGGGGUUUGGGGGGUGGUGGUGGUGGUGGUGGAGGGGGGGGGUGGUACCGUGGGUUUGGGUAGAGUCCACCGGGAGACCUGACAGUAGACGUGUGCGGGGAAAAGAGGCGCCUUUGUCCGCGGGUAGAGUCCACGGGGGCUCGGAGGUCUGCACGCCGUGUUGUCAGUCACACACACGGGCAGAGAAUGUGGGCAGUGACACGCCCACUGUGCAGGCCUACAGGGGGCGCCAAACAUUAACCUUUAUUAUAUUAUAA